AUGGAGAAGAACGACGAUGCUCCCGAAGACGUUAAACGAGCUACGUCUGUCGAACGUGAAAUAAAGAAGGGGGAAAAGGAUGACACCUUCGAAGGAUACCCACGCGUACAAGAAAAGAAGAAAAGAUGGGAACACUGCGACAAGCCCUCGAAGAAAUCAAAGGAAUGUACAUGGUCUUGUAAUGAAUGUUUUCAGCGACAUAAGGCAAAGUCGGACGGCGACUGCUGCGAAACGCGAAGGGAAAAGAAGAAGAGGGGACCGAAAUUCGCUAAGAUUUCGGUGUUUGGGGAACCGUGUACAUUCCCGAAGAAAGACAUCAUUCCUAGACACUGUUUGACGAAGUCAGAUUACCUCGAUAUAUUGGCGACGCCAAGUCGUAAAUGCCCCCCGGACUGUCACAAGCAGACCGUGCUCAGGAGAUUGAGGCCUGUAUCGCCCCGAAUCAAGGAAUUAGCUCUACCAACCAGACAUCGAAUGCUCAUAACUUUACAACAAGGCGCGGCGAUAUUGCCACCGGCACUUUUGGACAAUCUAGUUAAAACUUUGGAGGACGAAACUUGCUUAACUCCAGAGCAAGCAGCGGUCGUCCAGCGGAAAAAGAAAGCCUCGAAGAAGAAGAAGAAGGAGAAGAAGGAUCAAUCGCGGCUCAAAGAACCAAGCAAACCAAAGAAACAAAGCAGCGUAGGGCCGGCAACCGCGGGAUCGUUGGACAAAGACGCGGUAUUGUGCCAGUACCUGAUAGCUGAGCAUUUCGUGAAGAGCAUUCUGAAGAGCAAGUGUCCGAUUCCCAAGUCAGAGUUCAACGACGUUGCGGAAGUGAUAGUCGGACGUCUGACCGACGUUCUCGAGUACACUCCGCAGAUAGAGGACCGGAAAUCGCAACAGUUGCGUUUCUUGGCUGACGUGGUAGCCUGCUGGAUGUCGGGAGUGAUGUCUGAGGUCGCGGAACUUCAGAAGGAAAAGCUCGAGGAACGAUGCAAGAAGAAGAAGGUGGAGAUGGAGAUGGAAGAGGAAGAGGAAGACGAGGACGAGUACGACGAUAAGGACGAGGAUCGAAGAAAAGAUUACGAUUGGUUGGAGGAUGAAGACGAGGGGGAAAAGGAUGAAAUGGUCAAGAUGAGGGACGUUACCGGCGACGAUGUCGGUGAACCACGAAGAGAGGAACCUGCGGGGAUAGUCGAGUCUGAGGCGUUGAUAGACGAGGAAGUGGAAGAAGAAGAAAGGGAUAAGGAUGUCGCCCUCGAAACAGAGCCCGUGGAAACAGUGGAAGCGGAAGCAGAGACCGAACCAGAAAAGCAAGACGUGGGAUUGGAGACACCAAUGGUUGAAGCUGCAGAGGUGGGAACUGAUGCAGAGGCACAAGAGAAAGCGAGAGCAGAAGCUGAAGCUAAAGCUGAAGCAGAAGCUAAAGCUGAAGCAGAAGCGAAAGCAAAAGCGGAAGCAGAAGCAGAAGCUAAAGCACAAGAGGAAGCUAAAGCAGAAGCUGAAGCUAAAGCACAAGAGGAAGCGAAAGCGGAAGCAGAAGCUAAAGCACAAGAGGACGCUAAAGCAGAAGAGGAAGCGAAAGCUAAAGCAGAAGCUGAAGCUCAAGCAGAUGCAGAAGCUAAAGCACAAGAGGAAGCUAAAGCAGAAGAGGAAGCGAAAGCUAAAGCAGAAGCUGAAGCUCAAGCAGAAGCUGAAGCUAAAGAACAAGAGGAAGCUAAAGCACAAGACGAAACGAAAGCUGAAGCAGAAGCUAAGGCAGAAGAGGAAGCAAAAGCUAAAGCAGAAGCUGAAGCAAAAGCUGAAGCAGAAGCAGAAGCAGAAGCAAAAGCAAAAGCAAAAGCAGAAGCAGAAGCAGAGGCAGCAGCAAAGGCGGACUCAGCAGUCGAAGAACCAAUCGAUGCCUUACCCGAUCAAGCCAAAGAAAGAGAAGAAAAAGCACCUGUCGAGGAGGCAAAGGAAACCGUUCCUCCCGAGUUAGUAACAGAAACGAAACCAAAAGAAGAUCUACCCAAAGACAAGGUCCCUGUCGAAGACUUCGAGGAUCUAUUCAAAAGCGAUCUUCCGUUUAUUACGUUCGGCAAGAUUAUCGACACCGUUUAUCAAAUGAUCGAGAACACUCCCGAGAACAUGGGAGAAGAUCCAAUAACAAAUGGAAUACACCGCGUGAUCUACGAAAAAUUGACCAACAUCGUCAUGUUGGAGGAUCCAAACCUCUUGACGGAGGAGCUGAAGGACAUCGUGGACGUGGUGUGCGGGAAAAUCGCUAAUUGGCUGAGAUCUCUUCUGAGCAAAUCGCAGAUCGAGUUCAUGGAGAAGUACAUGCCAGUGGUGGAGUCGAAGGAAAUCAGAGAUUGGACGAAAUGGCUGGAGAGCAUCAGCGACGCGGCUAUAGGUUGGAAUAUAUGGAUACGCGGAGUGAUUGAAAAGAUCGUCGAGAUGAAAGGAACGGAGAUCACACGAGGCGAGUGGAAGGACUGGACAAAGUCCGUCGACACCGGGGCUCUGCUUUGGAGGAGAUUCCAUUUGCAAACUGUGCAUCAAGCGCAUCGUAACGUCGUAAUGAUGCUUGGUCGACACGUCGUCAAAACAGGGACGAAAGGAAAAACUCCGACUACGUCGGAACAGGUGAUCAACACUACAGAACUGCAAGCAUAAGAUUCAACCAUUAAAACGAAGGAUAGUUGAAGGAUAGUUGCACUUCGUACACUCGAGUUGUACAUACAUCGAGCCUGAGGUUUCUUUCGUAUAAAUAAUACUGUGUAAUAGAUGCACAAUAUUUGAUGUUUUGUAAUCCAUUACUCAUUCAUUUUGUUCUGUCAUCUUUCACCAUAUCUCUGAAAGAAGCGUAACAUUACAUUUCUAUCAUUUAUAUUUAUUGUUAUCGUUCGAAGUUUAUUUUUACAUUAUUUUUUAAACUGACAACGAGCCUUUUACCACGAAGAGAAUUUACGAACGAUAAGAGUAAAUAAAAAUCAAAUGAAAUACUAUCUGGAGAGUAUGACGAGCGAGGCAGAAUAUCCCAGUGAACAACCAAAGAAAUUAUUUGCAAGUCGCGAAAGAUUUUUUUAAGACAAAUUAAUAUUUUACUGUACAUUUAAUGUCUUACGCUGCAAAAAUAGUGUCGGUCGUCGGUGACGCGAGACGGUGUGCUACAUUAGAAAUUAUGAUGUAUUCAAACAUUAAUACACGUGAAUUUUUUAUAAUAAUAUUCCACCACUUCUAGGGAAGCGAAACACUUUAAAAUGUCGUACUACAUGGAUAACAUGUAUAUUUCCUUAACUGCUACAUCUAAAUUGCUGCUUAUGAAUAAUUUAAAUUUGAUUUCGAAUAUUGCCUUAACAAGAUGUACUGUCUCUUUCGAAGGCAGGGACGAUUAAGGAUUAAUUUCAGAGGCUGACUUUCUCUUCUUUCUCUUAAUUUUAUUAUUAACCUGCGAAUCGCAAACGAUAUUUCCAUUUUCCGAGGAGAACCUUAGAUCAUAGCUGUUCAAAAGCCAAACAGCAAAUAACGAUUGCAGCUGAGAAAACUAUGUAUGUAAAAACGAAACGAACCGCGUUUAUUCUAAUGAUACACGCGUGAACGCGUUUUUCAAAUAUUUGCAUGAACAAUUAUGCUUUAAACAUUCAUCACGGAAUAUGCUACAUUUUUUGUCACGAUCGGCACGUAUGUAGAGUCGCUAUAGGAGGCGUAUGUUAUUUUCAUCCUCGAUAGUGAUUACUAGACUGUGAAUGUUUAUGCAAAUUCAUAUUUUCACAGCUACAGAAAUUGAAAUUUAAACGAAAGUAUUUUAUUUUCUAAACGGUAUCACACGCACAUUACCCAAUAAUUCAUGUUUCAUAUAUUUUGUUUAUCUUCUCAAGGAUUUCCUCGUAUUUUCACCUGUCAUAAAUUCACAAACAUUCCCAGUCUAGCGUUUAUGUUCAAUUGCAUGUACGUACAUGUAUGUGUUUAGUUGUAAUAUACUUCGCUACGAAAUAUUAGACUAUUGUAGUUUCUCAGAGAUCGAAGACUUUUUUUUAUGAUUGAAUGAUCUCAAUUUGCUGAAGAAUGCGAGUUCUUCGAUCACAGAUUUUAUCCCACUUUCGUACAAAGUGUUACGUUCUCGUAACCUCCAUCCGUCCACGCAAUUUUUUUCCAAGUCAACUAGCUGCCAACGAAUUCGUAUUUGAAGACCAACUAUCGGCUGCGAAUAAUUCUUACCACUUCAUUGCUUGACUCCCUCACCGCGAGACCGCCUCGUCCCACUACCAAGUCGCAAAAUUAUAAAUACUGAUGCAAAUUGAAAAAAAAUCUUUUUUUCACUCGUUGUUACGCCUGUCCUUGUUCUAUGCUUCCUUUUAACGCGCCAAGAGUUCGUACGUCGUUCAUAGUUCAA